AUGUCAUCGACUUCAUACGACUCCAAUCGCAUAACCAUAACCAUACUAGGUGAUGGUGGCGUCGGUAAAUCCGCCCUAACAUUACGGCUAGUAAAGUCUCAAUGGACAUCCGAUUACGACCCUACAAUCGAAGAUUCUUAUACUCUCACCCGACGUAUCGAUGGACAAACAUAUCAUCUCUCGAUAACGGAUACCGCAGGUCAAGAAGAAUAUCGUGGAAUGUGGCAGAGUGCCAAUGGAAGUAUGAGAAGUGAUGCCUUCCUACUGGUAUAUGAUAUUACGCGAAGAGAAAGUUUAGAUGCGCUAGAGUGGUUUGACGAAUUAAUUAGUAUGGAGGGGGAAGUUAGGGGAGAAGAAUGGAGAAGGGCGCAGGUUGAAUCUUCACACUCAAGAUCUCGUUCCAAGUCGAAAAAGUUUCAGAAUUCAAAUGUAAAUCCUAUGUCGGGAUAUGGAUACGGAUAUAUACCUCCGAUCAAAAUCGUGGCGGGAAAUAAGUGUGAUUUACAACAAUCGCGAGAGGUGACGGCAUCACAAGGCUUAGAAUGGGCUAGGGCGAGAAAUUGUGGGUUUAUGGAGACGAGUGCGAGGAGCAUUGUUAAUAUUGAGGAGACUUUCGCAUUGAUUGUUAGACGGGUUGUGGAGGGGAGGAGGAGAGCUGAAAUGGAUAGAGAGAUUAUGGAUAGGAGGGAAUUCGGGGAUGACACAACAUAUGGGAUUAGUGUGGAUGGGGAAGAAGGGGAUGAAUUGGAUAGGCAGAGGAAGGAAUUGGGAACGAGGAGAGCGAUGACGAAACCAUUGACACCAUUACCGCCGGGAAGUCUCGAUGGGGAGAAUGAAAAGAGGAGGCCUAUGAAGUGGAGAUUUAUGAAAAAGGGGAAAUGGAGAGCUAUUGGAAGAAGGUUAUCUUGUUGGAAUUAA